AUGGAAAAUUCCUACCGCGGCCAAGCGAUUGGCCCUUCAAAUACAGAUGUCGGACCAGGCGGUGUCAGCUGGGGCCGACCUGCCGAUCAGCAAUUGGGCACUGGCGGCAUUGGGCUGGGAGCUACCGGUGACCGGACAGACAGUUUAGACCGUUUGCUGCUUGGGCUAGACACCUUGUGGAUCUUGAUUGUGGCCGUGGGCGCUGGUUCAGGGCCGUCUAGCGCUUCGGGACAGGUGGACACGCAUUUUCACUCCGGACGCGGUUUGUUAUCAUUAUAUAUAUAUAUAAAUAUAUAA